AUGUCAACCUGUAGCAGCUCGUCUCCUCCAUCUCUUCCAAGACUUUCCCCCCUUCCUCAACAUCCCUCGACACCAAUCACUCCUUCCCCAUCCCCAAGCCCACCUGCAACCCUCUACAGCCGCCUCUCCAACGGGAGUGUGAGCGCGCCAAGUCCGACCAACUCAAGGGGUUCGUUCCAUGGGGUCUCAUUUCUCCUGCAGAUUGGUCUGACCAGAGAGACAGUUAACCUUGAAGCCAGCGAUUUAUCGCUGUCUGCGGUGAAAGAUCUCGUCUGCUCAAUAGUGGACCAAAAGUUUCCAGAAUGUGGAUUCUUUGGAAUGUAUGACAAGAUCCUGCUCUUCCGCCAUGACCUGAACUCAGAGAACAUUCUACAGCGGCUCACGUCCGCUGAGGAAAUACACGAGGGAGAUCUCAUAGAGGUGGUCCUCUCAGCCCUCGCGACGGUUGAGGAUUUCCAGAUUCGACCUCACACGCUGUAUGUCCACUCUUACAAAGCUCCAGCCUUCUGCGACCACUGUGGGGAAAUGCUAUGGGGAUUAGUCCGACAAGGCCUCAAAUGUGAAGGGUGCGGCUUAAACUACCACAAACGUUGCGCUUUUAAGAUCCCAAACAACUGCAGUGGGGUGAGAAAGAGACGCCUGUCCAACGCGUCCCUUCCCGGUCCUUCUCUGUCCAUCCCCCGGCCUGCGCCCAUCGAGGCGGCCGUCGCGUCCCCGGAGGAGCAGCGGCCGCUUUUGGACGCUGGAAAACGGAUCCCGUCAUGGAGCGGUCGACCAAUCUGGAUGGAGAAGAUGGUCCUGGGGCGGGUGAAGGUGCCGCACACCUUCAACGUGCACACUUACACCAGGCCAACCAUCUGCCAGUACUGCAAACGCCUGCUCAAAGGCCUCUUCCGCCAAGGCAUGCAGUGUAAAGACUGUAAAUUUAACUGCCACAAGCGAUGUGCAUCCAAGGUACCACGAGAUUGCCUGGGCGAAGUUGUGUUUAACGGUGAGCCAGCCAGCCCUGGUCCAGACUCAGAGACCACUAUGGAAGUGGACAGCAGCGACGUCAACAGCGAGGGGAGCAGAGGAAUGGACGACUCCGAAGACGUCUCCACCCCCGAGGACAAGAUCUUCUUCAUGGACUCUCCUUUCAUGGAUGGAGAGAAGGAUGAGGAGACAGUGAAAACCAUCAGCCCGUCGACGAGCAGUAAUAUUCCUCUGAUGCGUGUGGUCCAGUCUAUAAAACAUACAAAGAGGAGGAGCUCCACCUUGGUGAAGGAGGGGUGGAUGGUGCACUAUACCAGCAGAGAUAAUCUGAGAAAGAGGCAUUACUGGAGGCUUGACAGCAAGUGUCUCACCCUUUUCCAGAAUGAAACCGGAGCCAAGUACUACAAGGAGAUUCCUCUGUCAGAGAUCCUGCAGGUGGAGGCAGCGCGGGACUUUAACAGCCUAGCCCAGGGAGGCAACCCGCACUGUUUCGAGAUCAUCACUGACAAUAUGGUGUACUACGUGGGCGAGAAUACGGGCGGGCAUCACCACAACCCGGCGCUGGCCGCGACGGGCGUGGGUCUGGAGGUGGCACAGAGUUGGGAGAAGGCCAUCCGCCAGGCCCUGAUGCCAGUGACCCCACAGCCCAGUGUAUGCACCGGCCCAGGGCAAGGCAAAGACCACAAAGAGCUUUCUGUCAGCAUAUCAGUGUCCAAUUCCCAGAUACAGGAGAAUGUGGAUAUCAGCUCUGUCUACCAGAUCUUUGCAGACGAGGUUCUGGGUUCUGGUCAAUUUGGAAUUGUGUACGGAGGCAAGCACAGAAAAACACGCAGAGACGUGGCCAUUAAAGUCAUCGACAAAAUGAGAUUCCCCACCAAGCAAGAGAGUCAGCUAAGGAACGAAGUGGCCAUUUUGCAGAACCUGCACCACCCUGGGAUUGUCAACUUAGAGUGCAUGUUCGAGACCCCUGAGCGAGUGUUCGUCGUCAUGGAGAAGCUCCAUGGCGACAUGCUGGAAAUGAUCUUGUCCAGCGAGAAGAGUCGGCUCCCAGAGCGCCUCACCAAAUUUCUGGUCACUCAGAUUCUUGUGGCUCUGAGACAUCUUCAUUUCAAAAACAUCGUCCACUGUGAUCUGAAGCCGGAAAACGUGCUCCUGGCGUCAGCAGAGCCGUUUCCUCAGGUGAAGCUGUGUGACUUUGGCUUUGCUCGCAUCAUUGGGGAAAAGUCUUUCAGGCGUUCUGUGGUUGGCACCCCGGCUUACCUGGCACCCGAGGUGCUACGCAGCAAAGGCUACAACCGCUCUCUAGACAUGUGGUCGGUGGGAGUCAUCGUGUACGUGAGUCUAAGCGGGACGUUCCCCUUCAACGAGGACGAGGACAUCAAUGACCAGAUUCAGAAUGCAGCUUUCAUGUACCCGCCCAACCCCUGGAGGGAGAUCUCUUCAGAAGCAACUGACUUGAUCAACAACCUCCUUCAAGUAAAGAUGAGGAAACGCUACAGUGUUGACAAAUCACUUAGUCAUCCAUGGCUUCAGGACUAUCAGACCUGGCUGGACCUCCGCGAGUUUGAGACACGGAGAGGCGAGCGUUACAUCACCCACGAGAGCGACGACGCUCGCUGGGAGGAAUACGCUGACGAGAGGAACCUGCUCUACCCCAAGCACUUCAUCAUGGCACCUAACCUGGAUGAUAUGGAAGAGGACCCCUAG